AUGGCUGCCGACCGUGCUGGACCCGCGGGUCAAUCGAAUCAGACCGGUCGCCAAUCGCCGUAUCCGGCUGGUUCGAAGAAUAGCUCGUCAACUAGCCAGGACCAGGGACGCAGUACCCCGGGUCCGGCUCAGAGACGAGAGGAGGAAUGUGACGUUCGGUCGUUGGUGCAGAAGCAUGAUGAACUUUUGGCCAAAUACUCCAAGGUGAAGCGGUACUACUUUGAAAAAGAUGCCCAAGUGCAACAUCUCCAGAACACCGUCGCUCACCAACGCAUGGCUGUCUCUCGUACCGUUCUCGACGACAACGAGUACGCCAACCGUUUCGGCCGGCUCGACGGCGCCAUUAAAGACCUUGCAUUCUCCAUCCGCAACGACUGGAAGAGUCUCCCACCUUGGUUGAUCGGUUAUGCGAACGACAACGCGCACACCACGGGCGGGAAAGAGAUGACGGCCAUCGGACGCGCAUUCAUCAGCCGCUGGCUUGCCGAGGAGAUUUUCCAUCGCUAUUUCCACCCAUCCCUGGAAUCGAACUUCAGCCAGCAACUGAAGAGUAUCGAAAAUAACCUCCGCCAGCAGCACGGUUCCAAGCCAGUCACCACCGAAGAGGAUAAGGAGAACGCCAUUGCUAAAAUCUCGAACUGGCGACGCACGACAUUCGACGGACUAGGCGAUGCCCAACUCCACGGCCGCACGGCCGACGAGAACCGCGCAAAACUCGUCGACCACCUCGUUUCCAAACUCAUCGCCUCUCUCGAAGUGCACCUCAACAGUCCUCCACCCGUAGGCAUGGACAACGGCGCACGUCUAAUCGUCGAAAACGCCGUAGGCAUCGCAGAGAAAAUUCCCCUGGAAUCCCGCGACGUCUGCAUCGAAUACCCACUGCCAGGAUCCAUCCUCGACGAGCGACAAAUGAAGCCCGAAGUAGGCGUGCCGCCAUUAACCAACGUGAAAUCGGAGGACACCCGCCGUCCCGAUCUAGAGUCCACAAACCCUGCUGGGCAGGGGCAGUCAACUGACACAGAACCCACCGCCAGUACAGACCCCGACUCUCCCUCCUCGCAAUCUCCCUCGCCAACAUCCUCCCCGGCAUUGGGGACAGCGGGGCCUGAGAGAAAGAUGACAGCGGUGUUUGGGGCGUUGAUGGGGAGGCGGAAUGCACCUGCCGCGCCGGCUACAACGGCCAAAGAGAGCAAGGAUGAAAGUACGAGUGGUCCUGCAACGGGACAGACGAGGAUUCGAUUUGCGUCGUUUGUGAGUGCUGAAGUACGCGGGAAAGGGCCGGUGAAUGUUUUGGCGAAGGCGCCGGUUUAUGCACUUGAGUGA